AUCUUUAAGACUCUAAUGCUCUGUCCCGGGAUGCUGAGAGUGUGUGUGUGUGUGUGUGUGUGUGAGUGUGACAUCCACGUUCCUGUAUCUUAUACCUUUCCCCUCAUCCACGCUUUAAGCUUGUAGAUGUAUAAAACAAUAACCUCCCAGCGCCCAAGCCUGUUCACCUGAAUCCUCUGCACCAUAGGAAUCCCACUUGUGUGGGCUUACUGAAGCCAGUUAUGGCUCUCAGACAAAGCCAUGUUUCCAGGGCAGUGCCUGAUCAUCCACAAUGCAUCUCGUCUUUACCAGAGCAGACCGCUAAACACUCCAGAGACAGAGUGGAUCCUGAAGAACCUCAUAGCAGUAACACAGAAAGCCAGUCAAGCAAACCUAUUCCAGCCAGCUUCUGUCCCACUGAUGGCUCUGUCUCAGGGGAGGAUUUUGACCGUGGAGAUAGCCCUAGUCAUCCUGACAGCAUGGAAGAAGACUCACUGUCUGAAUAUGAUAAUGUGAGAUCAGAGGAGGAAGAAGAACAGGACUAUGAGGAUGAUGAGGAACUGCAUACCGAUGCAGAUGGGAUGACUUACUAUGUUCACUGUUGCCCUGAAGAUGAGAGCUAUUUGGAAGGAAUGGACUGUCAUGAGGGUGCUGAAAGCAUUUAUAAACCAGGUACCUCCAGAGAACCAGAUGCUGGUGGAAAUCGUAAAGAUGCCUGGGAAUUCUCUGAGGGGUUUUAUGAAGUACUCCAGCAAGGUACAGAGGAGCUGGUCCACAAAUGUCCUGAGCCUAUUACUGAGUCUACUUUCAUUCAGGCUCCCAUGGCUGAGGAUGAAGAUGAUGAAGAAGAUGCAGAGGAAGUAGAAGAAGAUGAUGAUGUUGAUGAUGAUGAUAAUGAUGAUGAUGCUGUGGAGGAAGAUGAAACAUAUUUUGCUUACGAACGAGGGAAGGCAGGAGGAAGUCAGGAUGGAAUUAUCUGCAAAGGGCAAUGUGAUUUACCAGAGGGCAGUAAAAACCCUCAUCAGGGAUCAAAUUACAGUAAAGGAAUGAUUAGAGGAGAAGUGGAUUUAAGUAAAGAUUACGGAGUGGAUAAAAGUAUCCCAGAGAAGUGCAAGGGUGAUGCCCAGAAAUCAUUUAUUGGUCACAGAGAAGGCAGUAAAAAGAGCAAUGCUGAAGUUAAAGCUGAUUAUUCAGGAAACUGUGAAGUGGGCAUGGCAGAUAAAAACCCAAAGCAAGGGUCUAUAUUCAGAGGGCAGCCAAUUUGUAAGGAGGACAGAGGCAGUAGAAACUGCAGACUUAAUGGUAUAACCAAACCUGAAGGACCUGAGAAUAGAGUAGAUUUUAAAAAGAGACAUUCAUACAGAGAUCAUGGAAGAGAAAAAAGAGAAGACAGGUGUUUACAUGUGGGGAAUGACAGUCCUGAAGGCAGUAUAGGCAGGGGACAGGGGUGUCCUCAUAGCUAUAGAGCAAAGACCGAGAGGGAUAGGGAACAAUCAGUGGACACAGGCGAGGGUGUGGAUCAGAUUGUAAAUGAAGUUAGAACAAAAAAGAAAGUAGGACCUCAGAGCACUGGGACAGACAGGGGUAUAUCUGAGAAGUCAUGUGAUGAGAGAAGGUUUCCAGAAAGUUCACAAGUAUCAGUGCUUAGACCACACAGGGAUGAAAGCAGAUCCAGUGCCCCCAACACACCCAAGCAGCCUCGCAACCCUGUCCAGAAAGACCUGGCCAGACCUACUCAAGAAGACUGCCUGAAAUCCAAUCAGGCCCAGGUAACUCACAGCAGCCCACAGCACUGCACAGUAAAUCCACAGUCUGAAACUGACACAGCUGCUAGCAACCAUAACCUCCCUCAGCAAGGAAAGAGAAAUCACUCUUUCCCAAGCUUUGUGGAUGUCCCAGGCCCAUGUGAACCAGAGGACCUCAUCGACGGGAUCAUCUUCGCUGCCAACUACCUCGGGUCCACUCAACUUCUCUCAGACAGAAACCCAUCCAAGAGUGUGCGUAUGAUGCAAGCUCAGGAAGCUGUGGACAGAGUAAAGUGUGUGGAAAGCGAGAGCCAGGGCCCAAUUGAGGUUGACCUCUUCAUUUCAACAAAGGAUAUAAAAGUGCUCAAUGCUGACACACAGGAGACAAUGAUAGACAAUGCUCUUCGGACCAUCUCCUAUAUUGCAGACAUUGGGAGCGUGGUAGUCUUGAUGGCUCGCAGACGAGUGUCUCAGUCUGCUGCACUCGACUGUAAUGAAACCAGCCUGAACUCUGCAGAGAGCAGGAAGCAGUACCGAAUGAUCUGUUACGUCUUUGAGUCUGAGGAUGCCCAGCUCAUUGCACAGUCCAUUGGUCAGGCGUUUAGCAUGGCUUACCAAGAAUUUCUGAGAGCAAACGGGAUCAACCCUAAGGACCUCAGCCAGAAAGACUACAGUGAUAUCCUUAAUUCACAAGAGAUGUACAACGAUGAUCUCAUCCACUUUUCAAACUCUGAGAACUGUAAAGAGCUGCACCUGGAGAAGCAGAAAGGGGAGAUUCUUGGGGUUGUGAUAGUAGAAUCUGGCUGGGGGUCUAUCCUGCCCACAGUUAUCCUGGCUUGCAUGUUGAACAGUGGGCCAGCUGCUCGUUCAGGGAAGCUCAACGUGGGUGAUCAGAUCAUGGCUGUCAAUGACACAAGUCUGGUGGGCUUGCCCUUAGCCACCUGCCAGGGCAUCAUCAAGGGCUUGAAGAAUCAGUUACAGGUAAAGCUGAGUGUAGUAAGCUGUCCUCCUGUGACCACGGUGCUAAUAAAGAGACCAGAUCUGCAGUACCCUUUAGGCUUCAGUGUACAGAAUGGCAUAAUCUGUAGCCUGAUGCGAGGUGGAAUAGCAGAACGUGGAGGAGUGCGUGUGGGUCAUAGAAUAAUUGAGAUUAAUGGACAGAGUGUAGUUGCCAUGGCACAUGAGAAAAUUGUCCAUGCCCUUUCGGUGUCUGUCGGAGAGAUUCAUAUGAAAACUAUGCCAGCCGUGAUGUUCAGACUGCUAACUGGACAGGAAACCCCAAUGUACAUCUAAUGGCAAUGCUUGUGCUCCGGAAGCUCUGUGAUGCUCUGCCCUGCCUAUGUAACUCAAAAUUUUCCAUACACUUACAAAAAAUCUGGAAUAAGGAUUUCUUUGGCUUG